AUGAUGAAGAAAAAAGAAGCCUACAACAACAUCACCCCGCUCCCAUCCUUCAUCCCGCGGCAACUCGUGCUCGACAUCCUGCACAGCCACGGCGAAAUCAUCACCCUCAACCCCCUCGUGCUCGAACACCACGCCAUCCAGUCUCCGCGCGACGCACCGGCUGAGGAAUAUUAUUCUACAUGGUACGAAAUCACCGAGCGCAUCCAGAUCGUUCCGGGGACGGGCAAGUUUGGAUCUGGCAAGAUCAGUUUCCGGGCUUGCUUUCACGAUGUUCCCUGGGGUGUGCAGACGCACGUCUAUGCGCCCAUGGGCAUUGAUUUGAGGCAUAAUUAUCGUGUAGGCGGAAAUCAGCCUGGUGAACCCCCCGAGCAUCGCGAGUUGGGUAUAGGCACGCCUGCUCAGGGCUUGUAUCUGCGAGAGGAUAUUGAGAUUCGGUGCAAUUUCACAAUGACGUCGUUUGUGCGCUCGCAGCUUAAAGCCGCGACGAAGGUGUUGGUGGACAGGUUGAUUAAAAAGGCAGAGCUGUUGGACGCUGGCGUGCUCAAGGCCUUGAUGGACGAUGGAGGCAGACUCAAGACGGUCAAUCCGGCAGAUCGCUCGCUGCCGGCUCGGCCACCGCCGCCACCGUCGUCGUCGGCCUCGACACACAGAGAAGAUAAUAACAAUGAGAAUGAGAUUGUGCCCAUGUAUUCGCCACCGCAGUACCAGUACUCGCCGUCGCAAGGAGGGUAUCCCGCUGAAAAGUCGGCGUCUUCAUUUUCGCCCGUUGUGUCGUCGUCGUCGCCCACAGCAGGCCCUGCUUCUUCGAGUCCUGGAAAAUCGUUCGCCAAUGAACUACCGGGAGAUACAUCGUUCUAUCACCAGGUUCCGCUCCAGCAGCAGCAACUCAGACCCCCCGGUGGCCCGAACCAUCGCGACUCGUAUCAGUCUACGGUAUCCUCGAAUCCGAGCGUUGGCGGCUGGCCAUCGCCGUCAUUCAGUAACCCGUCGCGGCCAACGUCGUACUCGACGAAUUCCAGUGGUGCGUAUAUGCAACAGCCGGAUGGCAAGUAUCCGCAAUACGCGGCGGAAUUGCCGACCACGCACGAGGAGGGCGUUGCUACUGGUAACCGGGGACUGGGGAUGACGCAUGUUGACAACAAUAGCGGUCAUGGCCAGCCACAGGAUUGGCAUAUUCCAGUGCCGGGGUCAAAGAGGAAUUGA